AUGUAUCAGUUUCUGGAUGCUGCUGAUGAGUUGUUCUUUUAUUUUGUUAGGUUCUCUGCUCCGAAUAACUUUCAGUUCCAACUUCAGCACAGAAAUUGUGAAGCUGAUCCAUUUAACCUUGUUUUUACUGCAAAUGCCUCCUCUUAUUGUGUUUCUUUGUUUGAUUUUCAGUACAAGCCUGAAGAAAUUAAUGGCAUUAUGACUGACUUCAAUGAACCUGGACAUCUUGCACCAACUGGUUUAUAUCUUGGCAACACUAAAUAUAUGGUUAUUCAAGGUGAACCUGGGGCAGUUAUUCGUGGGAAGAAGGGAUCUGGAGGCAUUACCAUAAAGAAAACAAACCUGGCUUUGAUCAUAGGCAUUUAUGAUGAGCCAAUGGCUCCUGGACAGUGCAAUAUGGUCGUUGAGAGGCUCGGCGACUAUCUCAUCGAACAAAAUUUUUAAAUUUGCGUUGCAUCUCAUCUUUUCACAGUUGUAUCUCUUGAGAUUUUAUUUCUUCCACAUGUGCUUGCUGCAUCUACACCAAUGAAUAAUGGACCCCAAAUCAUUUUGGUUUUAUGGGGAACUUGUGCUUAAUCAUGUUCCCCCAUUUAAGAGUCAAAAUAACUGGUUUUCUCGCUACCUUUGUUUAUAUUUGAUGGCUUCUGCAACUUGUUGAA